CUCUCCAAUUUCCAUGCCAGUCAGCAGAAGUUGUUUAACUGCACAAUUAUCACUAUUUAAGUUCCCCUAAAUUCGUUGUGUGUGUAAAGAGAAACCUUCUCGAGAGAGAAUGGAAUCUCAGUUUCCCACUGUCCACUUUCCCGCCAAUCCCAUAAAAAUAAAAAAAUAAAAAAUAAACCACCCAAAACAGAACCUCAGAAAGUGAAAAAGGUGAAGAAGAGAGAAGAAUCCCCAGCCCAGCUUAGUCAGGCCUCAGUCUGCUAGUUCUCCUCCGCUAUUAACGCUUCCUCCUCUUCACUUUACCUUUACUCUUCUCUGCUCCGGCCACCAGCAAGAAAACGAUGAAACCAUGACCACGCCGGCGACGGGACCGCCACCACCGCGCACGGUCCGCAAGCUCCUAGUGGAAGUCAUCGAAGCGCGCGACCUCCUCCCCAAAGACGGCCAGGGCAGCUCCAGCCCCUACGUCAUCGCCGACUUCGACGGCCAGCGGAAGCGCACCUCCACCAAGUACCGCGACCUCAACCCCGUAUGGAACGAGCCGCUCGAGUUCCUCGUCUCCGAUCCAAACAACAUGGACCACGAGGAGCUCGACAUCGAGGUCCUCAACGACAAGCGCUUCGGCAACGGCAGCGGCCGCAAAAACCACUUCCUCGGCAGGGUGAAGCUCUACGGCUCCCAGUUCGCCAGGCGCGGCGACGAGGGGCUCGUCUACUUCGCGCUCGAGAAGAAGAGCGUCUUCAGCUGGAUCCGCGGCGAGAUCGGGCUGAGGAUCUGUUACUACGACGAGAUGGUCGCCGAUGGCGACGAUCAGCCCCCUCCACCGCAAGAACAGCAGCAACCGCCGGAGAAUCACGACGGUCAGCCGCCUCCGGAUCAGCCUCCGCCGCCUGUUGUCGUGGUGGAAGAAGGCAGAGUUUUCCAAGUCCCUGGUUCGGGCGACAUCGGGCACAGCCAGAGGCAUAACAAUUACUACGGCCCCGACGGAGGAUCUUACUCGCCGCCGGUCGUCGUUGUGGAAGAAUCGCCGCCUCCGAUUGUUCACGUCCACUCCGGCGAGCCGCCGCCGGGUCCGCAUCCUGAACCUACGCCAGAGAUGCAGUAUCCCCUGCCUCCCGAAGCCAGAGGGAUGCACGGCGCAAGAAUGGUGAGCGGCGGCGGCGAGCGAGUUAGGGUUUUGAAAAAGCCAAACGGCGAUUACUCUCCCAGGGUGAUUUCCUCCCGAGUUCCCACCGAUACGGAGAGGAUUCAUCCUCUAGAUCUGGUUGAGCCGAUGCAGUAUCUGUUCAUCAGAAUCGUGAAGGCGCGUGGAUUGUCGCCUAAUGAGAGCCCCUAUGUGAAAAUCAGGACAUCCAAUCACUACGUCAGAUCUAAGCCGACGAAUUACCGACCCAGCGAGCCGCCCGACUCGCCCGAGUGGAACCAGGUCUUUGCGCUCCCCCACAACAGGCCUGACUCGGCGAGCACGACUCUAGAAAUCUCUGUUUGGGACGCUCCGACGGAGCAAUUUCUCGGCGGUGUUUGUUUCGACCUUUCCGAUGUCCCCGUUCGCGAUCCGCCGGACAGUCCGCUCGCUCCUCAGUGGUACCGUCUCGAAGGCGGUGAGCAAAAUUCAGGCAGAGUCUCCGGCGACGUGCAGCUCUCCGUCUGGAUCGGGACUCAAGCGGACGACGCGUUCCCGGAGGCGUGGAGCUCCGACGCGCCGUACGUCGCUCACACCCGCUCGAAGGUCUACCAAUCUCCCAAGCUCUGGUACUUGCGAGUCACAAUCAUCGAAGCUCAAGAUCUGAACAUUGCCCCCAAUCUCCCUCCCUUAACAGCGCCGGAGAUCCGAAUCAAAGGCCAAUUAGGUUUUCAAUCGGUCCGAUCCCGGCGAGGCUCAAUGAACAAUCACAGCGCGUCGUUUCACUGGAGCGAAGACAUCAUUUUCGUCGCCGGCGAGCCGCUGGAGGACUCGCUCGUCUUGCUGGUGGAGGACCGGACGACUAAGGAAGUAACGCUGCUCGGACACGUCAUCGUUCCGGUGAGCUCGAUCGAGCAGCGGUUGGAUGAGCGCCAGGUGGCAUCAAAAUGGUUCACAUUAGAAGGCGGAACAAGCAGUAUGGGCCCCGAACCAGGCCCGCCGGGGCCUGGCCCAGAUGGCGGUGGGUCCAUGUACUGUGGGAGGCUCCACCUCCGUCUUUGCUUGGAAGGAGGGUAUCACGUGCUGGACGAAGCGGCGCACGUGUGCAGCGACUUCCGGCCGACGGCGAAGCAGCUGUGGAAGCCGGCCGUCGGAAUCCUGGAGCUGGGGAUUUUAGGCGCUCGCGGGUUGCUCCCGAUGAAGAACAAAGGUGGAGGGAAAGGCUCCACCGAUGCCUACUGUGUCGCCAAGUAUGGGAAAAAGUGGGUCCGCACCAGAACGGUCACGGACAGCUUUGAUCCACGCUGGAACGAGCAGUACACGUGGCAGGUCUACGACCCGUGCACGGUGUUGACCAUCGGCGUGUUCGACAACUGGCGGAUGUUCGCCGACCCGACGGAGGAGAGACCCGACUGCCGAAUCGGUAAGGUCCGAAUCCGCGUCUCAACCCUGGAGAGCAAUAAGGUUUACACCAAUUCGUAUCCUCUGUUGGUCUUGUUCAGAGGCGGGUUGAAGAAAAUGGGUGAGAUCGAGAUUGCGGUUCGGUUCGCCUGCCCGAAUUUGCUGCCCGAGACCUGCGUGGUCUACGGCCAGCCGAUGCUUCCUCGGAUGCACUAUCUCCGACCGCUGGGAGUGGCUCAGCAGGAGGCCCUGCGUGGCGCGGCCACCAAAAUGGUCGCCCAGUGGCUCGCCCGAUCCGAGCCGGCGCUCGGACCGGAAGUGGUCAGAUACAUGCUGGAUGCUGAUUCGCAUACUUGGAGCAUGAGGAAGAGCAAGUCGAAUUGGUUUCGGAUCGUGGCGGUUCUGGCCUGGUUGGUUGGGUUGGCAAAAUGGUUGGACGAUAUCCGGCGGUGGAGAAACCCUGUUACCACGGUUUUGGUCCACGUGCUGUACUUGGUUCUGGUUUGGUUCCCGGACCUAAUCGUUCCGACCGGGUUCUUAUACAUUUGCUUAAUCGGAAUCUGGUACUACCGGUUCCGGCCCAAGAUCCCAGCGGGGAUGGAUAUCAGGCUGUCCCAGGCGGAGACGGUCGAUCCGGACGAGCUGGACGAGGAAUUCGACACGAUCCCGAGCUCGAAGCCGCCGGAGGUGAUACGGGCAAGGUACGACCGGCUGAGGAUGCUGGCGGCGAGGGUGCAGACGGUGCUGGGGGAUUUUGCGACGCAAGGGGAGAGGGCGCAGGCGCUGGUGAGCUGGAGGGACCCGCGGGCGACGAAAUUGUUCAUUGGGGUGUGUUUGGGUAUCACGAUAGUACUGUACUUGGUCCCGCCGAAGAUGGUGGCGGUGGCGCUGGGGUUUUAUUAUUUGAGGCACCCCAUGUUCCGGGACCCGAUGCCGCCGGCGAGCCUGAACUUUUUCCGACGGCUUCCCAGCUUGUCUGAUCGGAUAAUGUAGAUGAAAAAAAAAGAACAAAAUUAGUGUUAGCUAAGCCUAGUAAUUGGAUUUUGGAUAAUAAUGAUCAAAUUAUUAUUAUUAUUUAAGUAUAAGAUAGAAGUUUUGGAGGCACCAGAUUGAUGGUGGUGGGGAAGCAAAGGAAUUGUGUUCUUUUGCCCUUUUUGGUUUCUUUAUGAAUUGGUGGGGAAAUGGGAACUUUGAAAUAAGGGAGAGGGUAGAAGACUAGAAGUCAAGGAGGAGAGCAGAGAUUGGUGUAAUGGUGUCUGUAACUUGAUUAUGGGAAUAGAAGGAAAGAAGGAUGCCACUAAUGUCCAAUUUGAUUCUUUUUGCGGCUUUUCGUGCUUUGGGCUCAGGCCUUUGGGAUCCGGUGGGCCUGAAUAUCUAGUGGGCGUGGCGUGCAGGAUGUUGAUAAUAAUGUAGUAGUAAGGGGGAGUGGAGCUCUCUCUCUCUCCUUGUCCUUGUGCACGGACGGAAAGAAAAAUUGUCUGUUGAAAUGGGGAAGUUUGUUUAUGGUGUUAUGUUAAGGUUUGAGAGGUUUGGAGUAGGAGAUAACAAUACCUAAAUCUUGACUAAAUUAUGUUCGAAGUGACAAAACGGUAAAAAUGAUUGUUUCCUCUAACUAUUAAAUUAUUAGCUCUAAUUUAAGCACACACUUGUCAAAACAUAAUUAAUCGAUUAUGCAUUAAAGAGAGCCUCUACGACUCCCAGUGAUAUAAUAUGUUUCAAUUGGUGUUCAUCGCUUUCCUUGACUGAAUUGGUGUUCAUGUGCGUGAAUGGCCGUUCACAGCUGCUGGUGGGAUGCAGCAAGUUUGUUUGUUCGCCUCUAAUGCACUAUCCUUCUUUUGUUGUUGCUGUCUUGGUCCUCUUGGACUGCUUGCUCGAAGCUCGGACCACAACAGUCAAGCAAUGGUUUUUGUUUGGCUUUGUUUCUUGCCAGACUUGGCCUCGUUUUGGUUUGUGCUUGGCAUGCAUUGUUUGUAGUGGUUAUCCGGGCAAUUGUUAUGCUGCUGCUUUCCUAGAUUUUUUUGCUUGCUGCCUCUUCCUUCCUCUUGACUUUCCUAGGCUUUUUGUUUGUAAACUCUCUCCUUUUAUUAAUAUUAUUAUUUCAUCCUUAUAAAAAAAGAUAUGUUUCAAUUUUCAAAGUAGGUGGUGUCGUGUAGAUCUUAUGUGCAUUGUGUUGUUAAUGAAUUUAUCAAUUUGUC